AAUUCAUCAGAAUGGCUGCAAAGCGCUCGCUGUGAUGACGUGUGCACUACUUUAUUCUAUAUGCAGUUGAAUACGACCAAAACAACAAUUUAUAAUCGUAUUGUUCGCAUCAAUUGAAAAUGGAUUGCAAAGAUUUAACAUAACUAAGUGUCUGCUUUAGUGUUUUAUUUGCUUCGGCGGAAAUGUGAUAAAGUUUUCGAAUAUUAAAUUAACAAGUGAGUGUUGAUUUUGUAAAAAAAUAGAACAGUGAGUGUUUUUUGUUUUUGUUGUGAUACAAAGUGAAUAUGGAAACACGACAUUAUUGGGAGGAAAACGGACAUGCCGUUAAAUACGACAAUUACAACUCUAACGAUGGUUUCGGUCGUGUGUCGGGAGAGCAGCUCAGCUUCGCGGCGCCCUCCGAGGACGAAGCCGAGUACCCGCCUGGCUCCUACCUCAAGAAGGGGAAGGUCUCAAGGUUUGGGACUCGGGUCAAUUCGAAUCCCGAAGCGAUGCAGAGCAUACUCCACUUCGCUGCUCUAAAGCGGGAGAUAGACGCUUUGUGGCCGAACCGAUUGCCAGCCGUUCGCCCACAGCAAGAUCCGAUGUCGCACCGGAUCAUUGAGAAGAGACGCCGCGAUCGGAUGAACAACUGCCUCGCGGACCUGUCGAGGCUGAUUCCUCCUGAGUACCUGAAGAAGGGCCGCGGUCGCGUCGAGAAGACCGAGAUCAUAGAGAUGGCGAUCAGGCACCUCAAGUACCUGCAAGAGCGGGUCAAUGCUGCUGAACGGAUGUCCGGCGAGGAGUACAGGGCUGGUUACCAGGAGGCCGUGGCUGAAGCCGUGAGGUUCCUCGUCGAAGUCCAGGGCUACGGACCGGGAGACGGACUUUCCGUGUCCAUGACGUCGCAUCUGCAGAGGCAUUGCGAAGCCAUUACUAAAGGCGAAACGGUGCAUCGAGAGAAGAGCCGGUCACAUCCCGGGGGCUCGUCCUCGGAGACAGCCAGCUCAUCCAGCAGCUCCCACGGGUACGCGGUGAAGGUCAUAGCCAGCGCGCCGCCGCCAGCGCCGCCCACCUUUGCCCAGGAGCCCUACGACGAACGACCUCCGGGACCUUACUCUAUGGACUGUGAUAGAGUUCCAGUGAAUCAAGUGUCUGGUGCCGAGGGUGAGGCAGCCCGGGAGGGUCGGGACGCGGAACUGGUGACUGCGGACCCCCGCCGCAAGUGCGAGCCCACACUACGGGCUAUCAGGAAGCCGGAACACACAGAAGACUAUCUACACUCAUACAAAUUCAAGAAUUCUAUUGAAAGGCGAUUUUCGAGAUCGCAGGAUGAGGCAGCCGAGCAAGCGGUGCGCAUCGGUCACGGCCGCGUGUACUCGCACAAGCGCCGUCGCGCCGCCAAGCCCGCGCCCUCCACCUCCACAUCCGCGUCCGGCUCCACCGAAGAAGCCCGGGACACAUCGCCGCAGGACACGUCUAGUGAUUCGCCACAUCAUCACCAUUAUGAGAAACCUCCGCCUCCGACGCAAUACGUUCCGGUAUUCGCAUUGAAUGCUCUAGGAAAAUAUUACGUGCCACUGAGUGUAGACUACGCAUGCUUGGCGCGUCACCUCGGGCCAUAUGAUGUACUAGACGCUCGCGCGGUACAUCUCUCGGCUCCGUUGCAUCCUGUUACCAUCCACGUCAACUUCCAACCGUGCCUAAACUAUCACGUCAAGCGAGAACCAGCCGAACGCGAGUGGCGCCCUACUUAAACGAAGGUUCUGAACACUAGACUGUUUGGUUCAAUUACCUUUGCCGAGUGACGAAGAACUUUGACGUGAAUAUUGGCGGGAAAUUUAAAAUUUUUUUUUAGUGCAGUUAUCCGCCUGUACCGUUGAAAACGCGUUUAUAUUGUUAUGUAAUGUUACGUUUUAGUGUUAAGUUUUUGUUAUAUAACGUUGAAUGAAGCGUCAUAUUAUUUAUAUAGAAUCGAUAAACGGUUUGAUUUGCAUUAACGUUACUUAUGGUUUCCGUGUUGAACCAUGAACAUUCCUGUGAAAUUACAUGGUAUAUAUAAAUGGAAAUACAUUUGCAAUUUGGUUAGUCUAGUCAAGAUUUAAAAAUUGUUAUAAACUAAAUACCUACAAUUGUUGUUAAUGCUUUUUAUUUUUUUAACUUAUCUAAAACAUCGACUCUGUUUCCAGUCUAAUUCAUUUAUUUAUAUGAAAUCGGUGCCAAAUGUGUAUUAAUAUAUGCUAUCGAAAUUUUAAGUUGUGUUCGCGUAUUUGUCUUAUUUUGUCGGUAAAUAUUAUUUUUUAGAAAUACUAGAUAAUCGAUAGACUUAUACUACAUUGAUGGGGGUCGAGUUUCUUGGAGUCGAGCGAUUCAGUGGUCUUAGAUACGGCUGUGAUAUAAACGUACAGAAUGUAGACUAAGAAAUAGAUUUAACGGUGUCUUCAUAUAUAUUAUGGCUUCUGAAAUAGAAUAAAAAAACAUUUUUUUAACAAUAGUUUGUUAUAAAGGAGUUUAUAUUUAAAUACUUUGUUAUUCCAUACAUUUGGGAAAUUGUUUAAAAUUUGCAGCUAGUUCAGAUUAUAACCAUACGGGAACAAAAGUAGUCUGUAUUGUACAAAUAUUAAGUUACAAAUGUAUUUUUUUUUUGUAUUGUAUUUGGCAUAGAAUUUAUUAAUAUGUGCUUAAAUAACUGCUCUCCAUUAUUUGCAUGAUGGAGAAUAGGCUUAAGGGUAUAAGAUACUUUAAAUUGAAUAUGUAAGCGUAGCAGUGUUCAAAUUACAAACGUCCAAAAAUGGCUCUGAGCUAAGAUGUACAGAUGGAUUUUAAUGUACAUUUACGAAACUUUUUCUUAUAAAGUAAUUUGAAUCAUAUGAAUGCAGAACGAACUGUAUGCAUCACGAAACUAAUUAUGUACAUUUUGCAUAAUGUCGCUGUCAAACCUAAAUCUGUUAUGUGCAAGAAUUAACGAGUAAAAACAUUUUCGUAUAAAAUUUUAUAUGAGUAUGAAUUUUUAAGAACUACAUAAAAUGAAAGCUAUAGAUAAAUAUUAAAGAUACAGAC